GCUGGUGGGGUAGCACCCAAAGCGCGCGGAUUGCAUCCUACCCCUGCCAUAUAAUAAUUCCCGUUCCGUUAUUUCUCUGCCCUCGCUUUCAUCCACAGGAUUUCGUCGAAGGAAGCGAAGAGGAAUCCGAAGCCCGCUGCAAAGCCAUCUUCUAAUCCAUGGAUCCUCUUUAAGCUUGGAUUGGGCCAAUGAUGCGAGAGCAUGCCGACAUUCACAGCAAUUGCAUUUGAUAGGCUAAUAGAACCAGGGCAUCCAAAAUCAAGUUCGAAAACUGGCACGGUGGCAAAGCUGGAGAGGCAACGAAGCCUGUCAACAGUGAAGAGAAACCACCGAGCGUAUAUAUUGCCGGCGCUAUAUGCAACUCCUGAGGCAACUCCAAUUCCGGAUUCCCCAACCUCGUUCACCCCCUCACCAUACAUCGUCAAUCACAAGCGGCGCGGACCCCGUCUCCUGAAGACCCUUUCUCAGACUAGUGCCGUAGAUUGCCAACAAGUCAAUAAAAAAGAGAAGAUCGAUGAAGAUGGGGUGAAUGCAACUGGGGAUGUUUCUUGUACAGCAGCAGUUUCUAUCAGCAGCCCUAGUGAACAGGUUCAUGUCAAUGGUUUCCAAGAUAGGAAGCUCCAAGAUGAUAGCCCUGGUGAUGGUUUGGUUGGUGCCGAAGAAUCAACUAAAUCCUUACCCCUUGAGACCAGUGCCGUAGAUUGCCAACAAGUCAAUAGAAAAGAGAAGAUCGAUGAAGAUGGGGUGAAUGCAACUGGGGAUGUUUCUUGUGCAGCAGCAGUUUCUAUCAGCAGCCCUAGUGAACAGGUUCAUGUCAAUGGUUUCCAAGAUAGGAAGCUCCAAGAUGAUAGUCCUGGUGAUGGUUUGGUUGGUGCCGAUGAAUCAACUAAAUCCUUACCUCUUGAUUCUGAGAGAGAUGGUGAGGGCGAAGAUUUCUUUGAUCCUCAAGAUUCCGUGAGCGUUGACACUGAAAUGGAGGAUAACGGUGGCAUCGAGCGCAUGCGGAAGCCUUAUACGCUUCUUGGGGAAUAUUUCGAUGCUUUUGAAGAACUUUCUGCCGAGGGUACCCCCCAUUCUUCUCGCCGUUAUGUUGAAGAAGAGCUGCGGGAGAUAAGGUUGAAAUUGUUGAUGGAGAUUGAGAGGAGGAAGCAAGCGGAGGAAGCUCUUGUCAAGAUCCAGGAACAAUGGCAGAGGAUUGCGCGACAGUUAUCACACGUGGGGUUGACCCUCCCAGAAGUUUCUACCGUUCUAGCAGAGGAACAUGAAUGGCCAGAUGUUGGCCCUGCAGAAGAGAUGUGCCAACAAGUCAUUCUUGCACGGGCUGUGGCCAAUUCCGUCGGGAGGGGUGUUGCCAGGGCUGAGCUGGAGCUGGAGAUGGAGUCUCAAAUCGAGUUGAAGAACUUUGAGAUCACUCGGUUAUGGGAUCGGUUACAUUACUAUGAAACCGUGAAUCAUGAAAUGUCUCAAAGGAACCAAGAAGCUGUUGAGAAGGCCCGGCAACAACGACAUAGAAGGAAAAGAAGGCGGAGGUGGGUUUGGGGUUCAAUUGGCUUCGCAGUUACGCUUGGUUCCGUGGCCCUUGCAUGGUCCUACCUGCCAAGUACAAGUGGCUCAUCGAUCACGACCUCUUCUUAUGCUUCCACGAGUGAUGAGGUUGCCAGCCACGAACAUUCGAGGUAAGCUUGUUGGAGGGAACGGUGUUGAUGCUGGAGGAAGAAGAGUCAAGGCCUUAAGAGUUCAACCCGACGCUGCUUUGUGCCUCAACUCGAAUGGUCCCAGGUUCAUUUCCUACAAGUUCUUGAAAAUAAAAUCAAAUGCGUUCUGCUGUGAAGUAAUUUUUUCUUUCUCGUCUUCAAAAAUGGAAUGCAUGUUGUUCCGAGUAAUUUUCUCAUGCUUUUCUUUCCUCUUACUCUAUUCUUCUCUUUUCUUUUUCCUCAUUCUUUUCCCUUGGAAAUAGCAAUAACUUGUAUAAGCUUGGUGUGAUUGCAUCCACGGGUGAUCUAUGCAACUGGUUGAAUCCAGAUCAGUACUUGUAUUUUGAAUCCGAGUACUGAUUUUCAAGCUUUUGUUGAA